AUGAAGCUACGGGAGACACUCGGCAAAUUCGUAAGUCAAACGCCCGGCGUUCAACACAUUUGGAUAGCCGAUCGAGACGGUGUGCCACUCCUCGGCACUGGUGAAGAUCAUCGCAUGCGAACGGGCAUUAUCGAAUCUCAAGUCGGCGCCCACGAUCAACAUUUUGUUUUGGGUCAACACCGAUCAUCAAUGUACUUCUACCAGAAUCAUCAACUCGUCGUCUUUCAAAUUCCGCCCGUUGUCGUCUACGUGUUGGCUGAUGGCGAUGCAAAUACAGGAUUCAUUUUAAAGCUUCGCGAGAAACUCGAGCCACUCCUCACCCAAAUCGAACAACUCUUCCCACGUCUACCGCUUCCCUUCAAUAAAUUUAGAUUAUUUCGAAAUCACGUGCUUUUGGCUUUAUCGGGUGGAAUCUUUACUUUUCAACAACAUGGACUAUCGAAUGAAAGGCUACAAGAAUGCUCCGGAUUUGCGUUUGAUAGAAACGAUCAACGAGAUUUGAAAGAAGGUUGGGAGCCGCUCUAUGAAGACAAAUCAAAAAAUCUACGCGUUUUCCGGAGGAAAGUCAAAGACGACAAGCUCGAUGUCUAUGAAUACAGGGUUGCAGGAACAUUCUACGACAUAACACCGCGCAAUUACAUUGAUGCGCAAAGUGAUGUAGCCUACAGAUCAGAAUGGGAUGCCAAUGUAAUGCGAUUAGAAGUUAUUCAGGAAGACGGCGAUCAACAAUUGAUAAGAUGGGUCUCGAAGUAUCCAUAUCCUAUGUACGCACGCGAGUACGUCUUUAUACGAAGAACAACAGUCAGUGAUGAUGGCCGAGUUGUGAUGAUUUAUUGUGAAGCGGUUCCAGAAGAGGUGAUUCCUACGUCAUCACGUAAAAAUGUACGAGUCGCCACUUAUGCAUCACAAAGUGCCGUACGAGCACACAAAGAUUUGGACACUGAUGGUUUAGAUUACGUGCUGACUUACUUUGACAAUCCGGAGGCAAACAUUCCAAGGUAUAUCUACAACUGGAUUGUAAAUCAAGGAGGUCCCUACUUUGUAAAUCAGGUGCAUACAGCGGCUAAGAAGUUGGAAAAAAGUGGGCGGAAAGUGAAAAGUUUCCUGAACUCUGACAAGAAAGCACCGACGGUUUGUGAGGCACCAGUUAGCGACGAUCAUUCAACAUGCACACAUUGCCCAAUUCAUUGUCCAAAAGCUGAAGAAACGGUAACCUUUGAAGCUCUAGAUGUUACGGAAGAUCCUACCGAAAUGGUGUUGCCCUCAAAAUUGGCUGAAAAGGAAGAAACUAGCAAUGUGAUUGAAACACUAUUGACAGUUCUUCAACCGGCUACCAAAACGCGUGACAAGGUCUCUAAUGGGGUGUUUUUAACUUCAGAACAAAAUAACGAAGCUAAAACCAAUGAUUUUAAAAGACGAUUUACAGCUGAUGAAAUUUUUGCUCAAAUUGAA